AUGCCCAGCCCAGAAAUAUAUCCCUACGCGCCGCUCGACCUGUCGCGGCAAACAUUUCGUCUCAUCCGGCUCCUCCCGCCAAAACCACCAGUAAUACCAGGCUGCUACGGCACGCUGCGAAUCGAGCUAAUCGAAGCCGAGAUUGACGCCGCCUCCAAGCCGUCGCGUGCAUACGACGCCCUCACAUACGCCUGGGGCGUCGCGGCCCACGAGAAGCCGACCCGCGCCAUCAUCGUAGAGCACCGUGGCGCAUCGUACCGCCUCUGGAUCCAUCGCCCGCUGGAGCUCGCCCUCCUGCACCUCGUCCAGGACAGAGCCACGCGCCUCCCGCUCUUCGUGGACCAGAUAUGCAUCAACCAGGACGCCAACGGCGGCGGGUACAACGAAAAGGCGCACCAGGUGCGUCUCAUGCGGGCCAUUUACUCGCGCUGCCGCCGCGCCCUCGUCUGGCUGGGCACCGCGACCCGCGCGUCAGACGAGUGGUUCACUUACACCCGCGAGAUAUGCCACUCGGGCCUGCUAAGCGGGCUCAUGGGCCCCCGGGCGCCGAGCUUCAUGCGCGUCUUCGACGCCGUCAUGGACCCCUCGGUCCCGGUGGCCGGGCAGGCGCGCGAGGACCGCGACGCGCUGCUCGCGCUGGUCCGGCGCCGCGGCGGCGACCGGUACCCCGUGGCCGGGCUCGCCGACGUCCUGGACCGCCCUUGGUUCGGCCGCCUGUGGACCAUCCAGGAGGCCUGCCUGGCGCCGGGGGUGACGGUCGUGUGCGGCCGCCAGGCCCUGUGCCUCGAGUGCUUCUGCGCGGGCGCCCUGUUCUUCAGCGUCUGCAACACGCACUGGGUGCGGCAGCCGGGGGCCAGGACCGGGUCGGAGCUGCGCCGGCGCGACGGCAUCUUCCAAAAGACGCCGCGGCUGCGCAGGGUCGUGCAGGAGCGCAAGGCUAUCCACGCGACGGGCGUGCGGCAGAGCUUCUACGACGUCGUGCUCAAGUACAAUGUCAACGGGGGCCGGGCCAAGAUUGGCGCCACGCUCCCGGAGGACAGGAUCUUUGGGCUGCUGGGCCUCGCGGCCGACGACGACCCCCUGCGCCGGCGGGUGCGUGUCCGGUACGACGCCGUCGAUCCGGAGGCCGGGGUUGUGCGGAUUUACACGGAGGUGGCGGCCCUCUUGCUGGGGCACAGCGUGGAUGCGCUGCUGUACGUCCAGGCGGGCAGGAAGACGGGGGGGCUGCCGUCGUGGGUUCCGGACUGGACGAUGGAGCUCAGACUGCCGGUGGGCUAUGCGUCGUUGAAAGAGGCCCUGUUCUGUGCUGGAGGACCCGAGGACCAGGGGCGAUUCUGCGUCGACCUCGAGGCUGGGCGGCUGACGAUCCGGGGAUGCAUGGUGGGCGAGGUGGUGGCUGUUGGGGAGCGUACGUAUCGCGACCGGGUGGAUGGCAUGAUGCAGAGAGACGUCGACUACCGCUGGGCAAAGAAGUUCUUUGACGAGGCUGCGCAAUUUACACGGGACGCGGGCGCGAUGCGCGACGACGACGAGGCCUCGCUGGCCCUGCGGUCCCGGCGAGUUUGCGACUCGGGCUUGAGUCAUGAGCAAUUUGGGCAUCGGCUGGGCGUGGACGACGGCCUCAGGAGGCUUGGUGUCGUCCACGGCUAUUACUACAAAAUAGGGCGGCGUCUGCUCGAGUCAGAUGAGACCGUCGCGAGCUACCACAUCUCGCGCAUCUAUCGAACCGUUGGCAUCACGCCGUGGUACUUUAUCCCGCCGCCGGAGAUGGACACACUGCGCAUGUGCGCGCGAGAUCCGUCAUUGGCGUGCAGAGUGUUGUGCAGUGCUGUGGGCGACUUUGUCGAGGACAUGGUCGGAAUGUGCGUCGCGUCGGCUCGCAUAUCCGUGGUACCCUACUAUCUUCGACUUCGUCGACGGUACGCCAAGGUCACAUUACAUGUUGGCGAUGAGGCUAUGAGGCAGCAUGGCUUCGACGCUGACAAGGGCACGAGAGAAGACAUGGCUGCCUUUUCGGACAAUAUUCUCAAGAAUGUCGGGCGCAGGCUGUAUCGCACGGCGACAGGGUACGUGGGCAUAGGGCCGCCGGAGAUGAGGGCAGGAGACGCAGUGACGGUGUUUCACGGCGGCACCACGCCUCAUCUGCUGAGGAGGGUGGCACGUCCAGAAUCAGGGAAUGGCGAGUUGUGGCAGUACGUUGGGGAAGCGUAUUGUGACGGCAUGAUGCAUGGCGAGGCGUUGGAGGCAACGUCUGAGCGCAGCUUUACUCUUUGCUAA